CGUAGCUCAACGUUUAAUAAUCAUCAACUUAGGUCACUAUUCAAUAAUAUUGCAUGUUUUGCUAUAUACUUUUAUUAAAACGUUGAGUGGAGGUUAUAUUGCUCUGUAACCAACUGGAUUGUGUGAACUUUUCCUGUCAAACUGUGGACUUAAAGGUAGCCAGUCGAGCUAACUGGCUAAGAUUUGCUAAUAUUAAAUUCAUCAGAUCUGCAGCAUCCUUGUCCUGUAAAUGGGGAACAGUGCGCUCAAAGCUCAUUUGGAAACAUCUCAGAAGACUGGAGUCUUUCAGCUGACCGGAAAGGGUUUGACAGAGUUCCCAGAGGACCUGCAGAAGCUCACAGCAAACCUGCGGACAGUCGAUCUGUCCAACAACAAGAUCGAGGAGCUUCCAGCGUUCAUAGGAAGCUUCCAGCAUCUCAAGAGUUUUACCAUAAGCUGCAAUAAACUGACCAGUCUACCAAAUGACAUUGGCAAGCUCAAGAAGCUGGAAACCCUUAUUUUAAAUGGAAACCAGCUAAAACAGCUUCCUUCUUCAAUUGGUCAACUCAAGUCCUUGCGCACACUGAGCCUGUCCGGCAACCAGUUUAAAGAGUUUCCCAGUGGCUUGGGCACCCUUCGCCAGCUUGAUGUUCUGGAUCUUUCCAAAAAUCAGAUCCGAGUGGUUCCUGCAGAGGUGGCCGAACUGCAAGCCAUUGAAAUCAACCUCAAUCAGAAUCAGAUUUCAAGCGUGACUCAAGAGGUGUCUCGCACACCCAGACUGAAAGUCUUGCGGCUAGAGGAGAACUGUCUGGAGCUCUCCUCUAUCCCCCUCUCCAUCCUCACAGACUCCCAGGUGUCCCUGCUGUCUGUCGAGGGCAAUUUGUUUGAGGUCAAAAAGAUGCGUGACCUGGAAGGAUACGAUAAAUAUAUGGAGCGUUUCACUGCAACCAAGAAGAAAUUUGCGUGAGCAGUCGGCGGAUUCCUGCUUCUGUCCUCAGCGCUGGGCUUUACAGUAGAGCGAUUACAGCUUCCACUGCACAUAUAAACGUCCAGACGGUGGGAAAAAAAUGGUCAGGCCUGCUUCACAACUCGACAGAAAGACUCAGGUGCUGUUACAGAGAACACUAUGAAUUACUGUACACACCCACAGAACAUCACUCUAUCAUUUGCAAAGAUUUUAUAAAGCCAAAUAUAGCUUUACCAGGACAUUCACACUGGAGAAUGAACAUGAUAACAUCACGUCAAGAAGGUCUAGUCUUCACAGAGUGGCGAGUUUAACAAUGUAUGCCAUUGCCAAGCGUUUAUUAAUCCGUUUAUUUGAUGGCUUUUGACUUUAUAACAAUUAAACAGACUUUUUUAA